CGCAUGCCUACCGAUAAAUAUAAAGAUGUGGUGCAAUUUGUAUUUGGUGAUAAGUCAACCUAUCAGGAACCAGAUGCUCCGGACUAUGUUUUAAUUGCUUAUAAAAAAUUUCUCGCCCGCUUAGAGAAACGCAUGAUAUUUGCCAAAUAUUCCAUAGAGAAGUGUUAUCUAUUACAUGAAAUUGCUCGUGCUCACUUGACACAAAGUCGUUUUGAUGAAUGCUGUUCUUGGGCUCGUAAAGCAGCUGAAGAAACUAAAAAUUGCAAUAGUCUUUUAUGGCAAUUUCUUAGCAUUAUGCUUAUAGUUAAAGCUCAUGCCGUUCUACAUAAAAUCGAACGUGGCAAAGAGGCCUUAGAUGAGGCUUUUGUCGUAGCACAACGUUUGAAAAGUAAUAAAUUAUGCUCUUUUAUUGAAAUUUGUCGUGCUAUCAACGAUCAAGAAAUAUCACUUAAGAAACGUACACAAUCAGUAGAUUCUAUGCGUAAAAGACGCAGUCGUACUUCUUUAUCAAGUCGUUAUUCUCAGCAAUCAAAAUUAAGUAUGGAGGAAGCGGCUAAGUCCUCAUCGGCCAAAUCAGAAAUAUAGAAUUAAAGGGAGAGGAUUGAAAAACUAACUAAUUAAACUAUGUUGUGGCUGACGUGUGAAAUAUUUGCUUUAAUAAUAAAUAUUUAAAAAAAAAUUCUCUUUUUCAAAAAAAAAAAAUU